AUGGCAGACUCCAUGUGCGGCCCCUCUAACGCCCUCCAAAACUUCCAAAAGCAAAGCCAAGGCGACCGAACCCUCCAACAAGACCGCCUCUCCGCCCGAACGCCACAAUCACAAGGCUUCCGCAGCGCCGGUCCCAGCGCCCGCACCCUCGACCCCGAAUUCGAAGCCUUCCAAGCCGGCCAACUCCCCCUCCAACACCCCGAAGCCGGCUUCCACCCCGGCUUCCAGCGCGCGCACACCCCCCAGCCGGGGCAGCACAUGAAUGUCGGCCCCGGCGCAUCAUGGGCGAAGGAUUUCCAGCGCCUGGUCAUCGCGUCCCCGGGGAUGCAGCAGCAGGGUCUCCCACAAGCCCAGCACGCGGGAGGGUGGCACCAGGAAUUCGCACAGAUCCAUAAUACCCAAUCCGGAAUGACGCAGCAACAACACUCCUACAACGCCCCGCUCGAGCGCCUCUCCUCCCUCGCCAUAACCCCCUUCGGCAUGGGCGCCCAACCCAUGUACCAAACCCCCAUGUACCAACCCGCGCAGCAAGUGCACGCCGAGCAACCCCAACAACUCAACUCCGACGUCGGCACCUUCGAUGAAGCCGCCUUCGCCGCCGCCUUCGACCAAGCCGCACAAUCCGAGCUGCAAUCCGAACAAGCCUCCCUCUCGCACGCCCUCCAAGAAGGCCACCUGGCAUCCGCCCCCAUCGGCGCAGACGCAAUCCACCACCCCGACACGCCCUCGCAACAACACCUCAGCCCCGCCCAAGAAAGCGACGAUCUCGCCCGCACAGCCGGCGCGCUCCUGACGAGCGUGCAGGGGGAUCAGAGUGAUAAAUUCGCAAACAGCCAGUUUUUGCAACUUAUGCGGCAGUUGAGGGAUAAAGAGGUCGUGGUGGAGGGGGAUACUAUCAUGCCUGCUGCUGAGGCGGGGAUGGGCGGGCCGGGGGGAGGAGCAGAUAACUCGCUGGGAGGACCGCCGUGGCUGGGUCCCGAUGGGCGGGGGAUGGCGUAUCAGAGCGCGAGUGGGCGCACGUCUUACCUCGGGGUGUUUCCGGGGGAGGUGAUGGCGCAGCAGGGGUGGAAUGGGGAUGAGGGGGGGCUGCAUCGGAUGUCGUAUAGGCGCGCGGAUGGGCGCGGGCCGGAUGGGGAACCGUAUCCGUUGCCGUCGAGGGAGGAGGUGGAGGCGAACCUGGCGAGGCGGGGGGAGGAGAUGCCGAGGAGGGAUGAGGAGGUGGGGGCGGGGGGGGGGGCGAUGACAUAUCGGAUGUCGAAUGGGAGGGUGGCGACGAGGGAUGUGAAUCCAGAGCCUCUAGGCCCGAUCCCCUCGCUAGAUUCGCCAGCCGACCACACCCACACGCCCGUAAUCCCCCGCGCCACGGGCGGCGGUAUGAGGGGUAUAAUGGGCUUGAGAACAGAAGAGGGCCGCGAGCGCGCUCUGAGAAAAGAAGUAAAGAGGUUAGGGCCGGAGGAGGUGGAGAGGGCGAUUAGGUUGGCGGAGGAGGAGGGGGUGAAGGGGGUUAGGGAACGGUUGAGGGCGGUGCAGGAGAGGAUGAUGGUUGAGGAGGGGAAGUUGAGGGAGGUUGCUGAGGAGGCGGUUAGGGAGGAAUUGGCGAGGGAGGGGAGGAGUUGGGGGGAUUCGUAG